UCGAGCCUUCCCGCCGCCGUGAACCAAGGAGGACUCAAUUCCCCAACCAUCUAAUGUUCGAAUCCUCGAAACCUGCGGAAAGAAGGUUUUGCGUGGUCAUUUUGAACUUGGAAAAGGCGCGGGUGGCAUGGCAGGCGUGAUUGUGAACCAGGACGCGCCGGACUUUGACCUCGUGGACCUCGAGACGGGGGCGAUCACGUCGUUCAACAGCAUCACGAGCAGCGGCAAGCCGUCGGUUGUCAUGUUUUACGCAACGUGGUGCAACUCGUGCGUUCCGGCCGUCGAGGAGUUUGAGCGCUGGUCCAAGCACAACCUUCCGACGCCGUUCGUCAACUUUGUCCUUAUCAACGUCGACAAGCACAUCCAGAACGCGCUCGACUUUGUGCGGGCCGAAAACCCCAAAACGAAAAAGCCCCGCGUCUGCACCGAGUACUUGGACACGGACGAUGGUCCGACCGUCUUGCAUUUUGGCUGCGACGACAUCCCGGAUGGGUAUGGCGUGCACGCCGUGCCCCACAAACUCGUCAUCGAUGAGCACAAUGUGGUCAUUCGCAACUUUGACGACUUUCAUUGGGACGAUAUUGCCGGGCUUUUCAAGCACAAAUUUGAACUGUCCAACCAGUGCACGUGGCAACCACUCAUCAAGCAGUGAGCCGCAAAUUAGACCAUGGAAUACAAACGCCUAUCUACGGACUGUGGUACAAUAUAUAAUGUUGGAAAUGGCC